AUGAAUCAUGAUCCAUCCGAGUCCGAAACUUCGGCUGACGAAACGCCACGUCUGGUCAACAGUCCAACCUUCCUUCUUCAUCACCUUCGCUGGUCAGCUAGCAACGCUGUUUUGUUUCAACCUCCGAAGAACUCCGUCUCACUCAAUAUGUUUGAGACAGUAAUGGAAGACUACGAAAGAAAGCCAAUUGAGCUCAGAGCUAUCGAUUCCUUAGGGUCAGGGUUUGAUUUCGCGAGUGAUUUCAGAUUAAAAUUCGCUAAGAAAUGCCUUAAUGGUGAGAGACUGGUGGUUUUGGAUGAGAAAAAUAAGAGAGACAUUGUGAUUCCUGGCGGGGGUGGGGGUGUAAUCGAAGGCGUAUCAGAGGACAUCCGAGUAGAUAAAGGGGAUCGAAUUCGGUUCAAGUCUGACGUUCUCGAAUUCAAUCAGGUAAUCUGUUGUAAACUGAUGAGACUUUUCUAA